GGCUGAUGGCGAUUGAAUGAAAGAACGAAAGAAGGAAAGAAGUUCAAAGGCAAGAAGGCCACAAGAAGGCCACAAGAAACCAACUCAAUAGUCCGGAGCGCAGGCCAGAACCGAGGCAGGACGGAACACGAGACUCAUUGGUGGCGCCCCAGCCCUGGCCCAGCCCACCCAUCCGACCACCCCUAGCCCCACCCCCUACUUGGUAGCCCACCCACCGGGGGCCGUGACCGAUUUCGCAGGCUUGGAGCGCGAAGGCCCAGCCAGCGUCCAAGCCUUGGGACCGGAGCAUCGGUUUCGCCAUUCAGGCCGGGAUUGAGCAUGAGGCGCGGGGCGUGUCCGGCCUGGCCCGAUCCUCAGUGGGCGUGAAGCCACUCCCGCCCACCCCCCUCCUCGGCGGCAAUAUGCCCGCCCCCAGGCCGGGCAGUUUGCGGGACCCGGACGUGGCUUUGUUGUUCGAGAGCGAGGAUCCCGACAAGUUGUUCGAUGACCUCCGGGAAAUUGGCCACGGCAGCUUCGGGGCCGUGUAUUAUGCCCGGAAUAAUAUCACGGCCGAGGUGGUGGCCAUUAAGAAGAUGUCUUAUGGCGGGAAGCAGAGCCUGGAGAAGUGGCAAGACAUCCUCAAAGAGAUCCGAUUCCUCCGCCGACUCCAGCACCCCAACUGCAUUAGCUAUCAAGGCUGCUACUUGAAGGAAAACACCGUUUGGCUGGUCAUGGAGUAUUGCCUGGGCUCGGCCUCGGAUAUCAUCGAGGUGCACAAGGCGCCCCUGUUGGAAGAGGAGAUCUCGGCUAUUUGCGCCGGCUGCUUGGCCGGCCUCUCCUACUUGCAUUGUCAAAGUCGUAUUCACCGUGAUAUUAAGGCCGGCAACAUCCUGCUCACCGAUCAAGGCUGCAUCAAGUUGGCCGAUUUCGGGUCGGCCUCCAUUGCCAGUCCGGCCAAUAGUUUUGUGGGCACGCCCUACUGGAUGGCGCCGGAGGUGAUACUCGCCAUGGACGAAGGCCAGUACGACGGCAAGGUGGACGUUUGGUCUCUGGGGAUUACGUGCAUUGAGCUGGCCGAACGAAAACCGCCCUACUUCAACAUGAAUGCCAUGAGCGCUCUCUACCACAUAGCUCAGAAUGACAGUCCGACCUUGUCGUCACCCGAAUGGAGUGACAUCUUCCGACAUUUCGUGGACUCGUGUCUACACAAAAACGCCAAUGAGCGACCCAAUUCCGAAAGACUGACCCAGCAUCAAUUCGUGUCGCGCGUGAAGGCCACUCACGUGCUUUUGGACUUGAUUGCGAGGACAAAGAAUGCCGUGCGAGAUUUGGACAACCUCAACUACCGAAAGAUGAGAAAAAUCCUUAUGAUCGACAACUGUGAUGACCAAAGCACCAUUGGAGAUGACGAUGUCAGCGUGUCUGACAUGAACGAGGAGGAUAAUGCGGGUGGAAGUAGCAAGAGUAAUUCCGUGACCUCGGAUCACAGUCUCCAAUCGACGGGCAUCAGUGCGGCAUCUUCGCAAGGCUCUUCCACCAAUAGUCUUCCAGUCAACCCCGCCAACAACCACCAUCUCCACCACCACCAUCUUCAUCAUCAUCAUUCACAACACGCCUCACACCAUCCGCAUCCCUCGCAACACCCACCCUCUUCAUCAUCUAGUAGCAUCCGUGGCACGAGCGACCUGGCUGGAUCCACGGGCACGUAUCACAAUCCGCUUCUUCAUUCCGAGGAAAAUAGUCCCAUUCCCUUGCCUUCAGGCUUCCAUCGACCGCAGCAGCAGCAAAUGCGGGAAGCCGCUGCCGCAUCAGGUGCUCAGUCAAAGUCCUCGAAAGUCUCCCAAGUCAAUCCGAGAAAAAUGCUCUCAGCCGCGGCCAGUUUGGCGGAUGAGCCCACGAUCGAUCCGAAGAACUUUGCCACCAUUCGGACGACAUCCAUCGUUCAAAGGCAACAGAAAGAGCAUCUUCAGGAAGAGAUGCACGAACAGAUGUCGGGCUACAAACGGAUGCGGCGAGAUCAUCAAGCCGCAUUGGCCCGUCUCGAGGAGAAUUGCCGCCAAGAGAUGGAGAAACACAAAGGCAUGCUCGACCGCGAGUACGAACAAUUACUCACUCAAUUCAGCAAAGAUCUCGAGAAGCUUCAGCUGAAGCACCAAGAGGAGCUCUCCAAAAAGCUCAAGACGAAUAUGGCCACGGAGAAAAAGCUCAUUAAGGAGAUUUCAGACGAGCAAACGGCCGAAAAGAAGUCCUUCGAGACCCAGAUGAGACAGGAGUACAAGCUCAAGAAAGAGCGGUGGAAGCGGGAAAUGGCCGAGGGCAACACUCCCAAACGUCAGAGAGAAGCCGUGCUCUCUCAACACAAGGACAACUACAAAGAGAUCGACGCUGCCGAGAACCAACGCCUCACCCGCAUCCAAAAGGAUCGCUUGGAUGAGCAAGUCCGCAAAUUCCGGAGGCGACGUCUCGUCAUCUAUCACAGCACCGAGCAAGAACUGCUUCGCGAGGAGCUAAACAAGCGUCAGACCCAGUUGGAAAACGCCCAUGCCAUGUUAAUGCGCCACCACGUCCAGACUCACGAACUCGAGGUGAAGCAACAAAAGACCGUGCAUAACCUGCGUGAGGAUCACGUGCGGCGCCAGCAUCAGACCGAGCACGGCAGUCAAGAGGAGUACAUGCGGCGCUCACAGCGGGAGCUCAAGAAGAAACAUGCUUUGGAGAUCAAGCAACAGCCCAAGAGCCUCAAGCAGAAGGAGGUGAUGAUCCGCAAACAAUUCCGGGACACGUGCAAGAUACAGACGCGCCAAUACAAGGCGCUCAAGACCCAAGUGCUUCUGACAACGCCCAAGGACGAGCAGAAGAUCAUCAUCCGCAAGUUGAAUCCGGAUGGACGAAUCCCAAGAGCGCGAAGCCAACGAAUUGUCCGAGCGUCUCCAACGUGAACUUGAGAUUCUGACCGCGUAUCAGAGUAAGAGUAAAAUCGCGGCCGAAAAUCAGAGAUCCCGCGAGCGAGCCGAGCUCGAGGAACGUGUCUGUGUUCGUAAGACCCUUUUGGAGCAAAAGAUGGAAGAGGAAACGCAACAAUUCCUCCAAGAACGCGGGGAACGCAUCCGAUUACUCCACGAGCGACAAGCAAGAGAGGUUGAGCAAUUUGACGACGAGUCGACCAGACUCGGAUUCAGCGCAUUAUGCAUAGCGGAUUCUUCCAAUCUGCCCGGCUACGGCGAGGAAGGAUCAAACCCUUCCUCCGCCUCCAAUACGUUAAGGGGCUACUCCUCGCCUCUGUCCCACAGUCAUAGUUCUUCCUCGUUCAAUCAAUCCGGAGGAGGGGGAAGUGGAGGCGGUGGUCCCCGGGACUAUCGUCAUUCCAUGUCCACUGGAUCCGGAAACUCCUCCAUCGGACAAGGUCAAGGUGGCGGAGGGGGAGGCGGCGGGUUCUUCAGUCAACAACGCACUCAGCUCUAAAAAGAAAUCAGGCCAAACCGACUCAGACCGACAGAGGGACGAAUGGAUCGACAUCGGACUUUACUCGUGGGUUAACGACAGUGCAACUACCCUGAUGGGGCAGGAGGGGCGGUGGAUUGGGUUUUGCACUGCCGGCACAAGUUCACAGACAUAUAGAUACAUACGUACAUACACACACUCACUCACAUACACACAACCAGUCUUGUCUGGUGAGAGCAAAUCAGUUAUGGAACAAUGGCUAACAAUUAUUGUCGUUGUUCGAAUUGCUAGAUAGAGCAAUGUGGAUGAUGCCAACCAACCCCUCGUCAUCAUCGUCAUUAUCUUCGUCUUACUUAUUACAAAUAUGAUUAUCUUGAAUUUUAUUCUUUCCCCUUCCACGUGGGUCCCGUUUUUAAUUCCCCUUGCAACUAACGCUUUGUUAACUGAAUUUUUGAGUGAAAACCAACGGCCCCGUAAAAUGAAUAACCUCCGGUUUUGUUCUCCACCCUAAAAGACAUCUCUCCACCAGCUCUAAAGCCUCCAAUGAUGAAGCCAAUUCUACCGAUGAUGAAGAACAUCUUCUGAGACGAGGACACGCAUCCCCUAUUCGCCAUCACAACUACCCCAUCAACAGCCACCAACCCACUUCCUCUAAUAAAAAUCUUUAAAAAACACAUAACUACUACUACGAUUAAGUACUAGAACUAUGAUGACAGAUAGCUCUGCCAAGAAUGAAACUAUUACUACAGUCAAGCAGAAUGCAAUUCAAUAAACCUAUUAAAACACGACUAUAAACAGUCCUGGAAA